AUAAAUACAUUGGUAUCCAGCAGUCUGCGCUUGCAGUGACAGAAACAAAGAGCUUGUGGAAUUUGGGAUGGAAAAAAUCUAAUCGACUCCUUCUGGAUUGAGGAUAAAUCAAGCUGCCCUCUUCUUUUUUAGUAAGUCAACAUAAUCAUGGAUGCAAGUGCUCAAGUAAUCCGUGGCAAAAGCCAGAAGCUGGAAAAAGAAGAGGGAAGGAAUUUAAUCAGAAAUAUACCAGAUGUUAUUCUUCAGCACAUCUUAUCUUUCCUCCCAAUGAAAGAUGUUGUCAGAGCAUAUUAUCUAAAAGAUGGAAAAACCUAUGGAUGUUGGUCCCCAUUCUUGACUUUGAAGAAGAAGGCAUAUUUGGUGACAGGGUGUAUUUCAUGAAUUUUAUCGAAAGAGUUAUGAUGCUUUGUAAUUUCUCAGAUAUAAGAAACUUCUCCCCUCAUGUGAUGUGCACUCUGAUGCAUCUCGCAUUAAUACAUGGAUAUUUUCUGCACUAGGUUGCAAAUUUCAAGAAUUGAAACUUGACCUUUACUAACGCAAUGCAAACAAGUCAUUAUUACCUCAUUGUCUAUUUACUUGUCAGUCAUUAACUGUAUUGGAACUAUACCUAUUUCAUGAUCUUAAACUUCUGUCAUCCAUAUGCCUUCCCAAUCUCAAGGAGUUGCAAUUGUCAUUUAUUACAUUUGUGGAUGAUCACUCAACACAGCUCUUUGAUGGUUGCCUGAAUUUGCAUAAGCUGACUCUUGAUGAAUGCGCAUGGAAGGAUGAGAAGUUUGUUUUUAUUUCUUCUCCUAUGCUUAAAUUCUUAUCUAUAUAUGAUCUUACAUGGGAUGACAGCAGUCCAAAUGAUUGUCAAGUUGUGACUUGUGGAACAAAUCUCAAAUUCUUUUCCUUCAGCGGUGAACUCAAAACAGAUUUUUGCAUAUAUUCAUCCUCACUGGUUAAUGGAUGUAUGGAUUGGAGAUCAGUGACAGUGUCUGAGUGGUAUGGAAAACAAAGGGAAGCUGCUUAUCACAUGCGUGAGCUUCUUAAGGGGUUCUAUAGUGUUGAAAGCUUGACAGUAUCACCUGUUGCAUUGGAGAUUCUCACUCGUGCAGAAGAAUUAUACCCCCAUCCGCCAGUGUUUCGCAUACUGAAUCUUCUCAAAUUUGGUUAUGGAACUAUGAAUUUUGAUUAUGGAGCACUGCAGAGGAUACUCCCUUGCCUGAAAAAUAUGGAAAAAAAACUCCGAAUUGGAUGCAGUACCUCCUUGUUUAUUGACACAGCUAGUGACCAUCAAAUUCUGGAGAUUUGCAGCAACUGAAAAUUAUUUUAUUG